AGAAAACAAAAGCCCAAGUUUGGAAACAUAUAGACCGACAGACGGAUAAAAAAAAAGUAGUACUAAUAUUUACAAAUUCAAAAAUUGAAAAAGAGAUCGGACGGCAAUGCAAUGCUUACUGGAAUCUGAACUCGCAGACAAGAAAAGGAAAGAAGCAAAAGCAAAGCAAAGCGAAGAGAUGUUAAAAGAUGAGGGACUAUUCUGGUUUAGAUAAUCGCUGCCCUAGAAUUUGAUGGGAGCUGAUAUCCGCCAUACUUAGUGCUUUCUUUAAGAGCUAAAUAAAAGAUAUGGAUGGUGGGCGGAGGAUAGCCGUCAGCCCAAGGCCUUGCAGCGGACGGAGAAUACUCGCAUCUAAGAAAAGAGGGAGACCCGAUGCCUUCGUUAACAGUGUCAAGAAACUUCAACGAAGAGAAAUCUGCUCUAAGCCGCACCGUGCUUUCUCCGUCACCGACGCCCAGGAGCGCUUCCGUAACAUCCGCUUGCAGGAGGAAUAUGAUACUCAUGAUCCAAAAGGACAUUGUUCAAUGGUAUUACCAUUUCUGAGGAAGAGAUCAAAGAUUAUAGAGAUUGUUGCUGCACAAGACAUUGUAUUUGCUCUUGCUCAAUCUGGUGUAUGUGCGGCAUUCAGUCGAGAGACUAAUCGAAGAAUAUGCUUUCUAAAUGUCACUGCUGAUGAAGUUAUACGAAGCUUGUUUUACAACAAAAACAAUGACUCACUUAUCACAGUCUCAGUUUACGCUUCUGACAACUUCAGCUCCUUGAAGUGCAGAAGCACGAGGAUUGAGUACAUUCGAAGAGGUCAACCUGAUGCUGGUUUUGCACUUUUUGAAUCUGAGUCACUGAAGUGGCCUGGGUUUGUGGAGUUCGAUGAUGUAAAUGGGAAGGUACUCACAUAUUCAGCACAAGAUAGUAUAUACAAGGUAUUUGACCUCAAAAAUUAUACGAUGUUAUACUCCAUAUCAGAUAAAAAUGUUCAAGAGAUUAAGAUCAGUCCAGGGAUCAUGUUAUUGAUUUUCACUAAAGUUGGCGGCCAUGUUCCUCUUAAGAUUCUCUCAAUAGAGGAUGGUACCGUUCUCAAAUCUUUUAGCCACCUUCUUCACCGGAAUAAGAAGGUGGAUUUCAUUGAACAGUUCAAUGAAAAGCUUCUUGUGAAGCAGGAAAAUGAAAACCUUCAGAUUCUUGAUGUACGCAACUCUGAGCUAACAGAAGUUAGCAAAGAUGAAUUUAUGACCCCAUCAGCAUUUAUUUUUCUUUAUGAGAACCAGUUAUUCCUGACAUUUAGAAACCGGACAGUGGCUGUCUGGAACUUCCGUGGAAAACUUGUAACUUCAUUUGAGGAUCACCUUUUGUGGCAUCCUGACUGCAACACUAAUAAUAUAUACAUCACAAGUGAUCAGGAUCUUAUCAUCUCUUACUGCAAGGCUGAUUCUGAUGAUCCAUUGUCUGAAGGAAAUGGGUCCAUUAACAUCAGCAACAUAUUGACUGGGAAAUGCCUUGCUAAGAUAAGGGCAAGUAACGGUUUCCCAGUGGAAAACCAUUGUUGCUGCUGUGAUGUCGAGUGUGGUUGCAGGUCAAAGGUGCAAAGCAGUUCAUCUAGAAUUAGAAGCACGGUGGCAGAGGCACUGGAAGAUAUCACUGCUCUUUUUUAUGAUGAAGAGCGCAAUGAGAUCUAUACGGGGAAUAGGUAUGGUCUAGUUCAUGUGUGGUCUAACUGACGGUUUGAUUUUCAGUAGGAAUUUUAUGUAGUUUGACUUUGGUGGAGGUUGAGUGGGUUGUGAACGGGAAUUGCGAGUCUUAUGAAACUGUACCAUUAUUAUUUAGUGUUAAUUGUAUCAAUUCAUUGGGCUCCUGUUUCUGGUUUUAA